UUUAUCCGCAGGAGAAGAAGAAGUGGCUUCGCUAACAACAAGCUCUCGGACAUCUUGUCAGCUCAGACAAACUGAAAGAGAAGUGUACACACAUCAGCAUUAAAGUCACCGACAGGGUCAGGGCCUGUCUGUAUUCACACCUUUGAUUGCCAUAUCGGUUUUUUUAGACAUUGAACGUAAGAUAUAUUUUUUGACAUCCUGACAUUUUUAAUGUUACUUUUUAUUUAGGCUGCUGGCUAGCUCAGAUUAGCUCACAUUUUGAGAAGGAGAGCGAGAUUUAGGGCGCUAGUUAUUCAGGAGCCACUACACCCAGUGGGAAGAUGGCGCUUAAACGAAUCCAUAAGGAAUUGAAUGAUUUGGCACGUGAUCCACCUGCACAGUGCUCAGCAGGUCCAGUGGGGGAUGAUGUGUUCCACUGGCAGGCAACAAUCAUGGGGCCAAAUGAAAGUCCAUAUCAGGGUGGUGUUUUUUUCCUAACCAUACACUUCCCAACAGAUUACCCCUUCAAACCACCAAAGGUUGCAUUUACUACAAGAAUCUACCAUCCCAACAUAAACAGUAAUGGCAGCAUCUGUCUGGAUAUCCUCAGGUCCCAGUGGUCUCCUGCACUUACUAUUUCUAAAGUUCUCCUGUCCAUCUGCUCACUCUUAUGUGACCCCAAUCCAGACGACCCUCUUGUGCCAGAGAUUGCCCGAAUCUAUAAAACAGACACAGAGAAGUAUAAUAGAAUGGCAAAGGAAUGGACAGAGAAAUAUGCCAUGCUGUAGGUGAAAGUCAACUCUGCAUUGUGAACAUUAGAGAUACAACAGAAUAGCGCGGGAAUGGACUCAGAAAUAUGCCAUGUGAUGUUUUCUGGACACAUUUAUACACUGUUUGUUCUCUCAUGUUUCGGACACUGUUGCAAGACCAUAUUUCCCCAUCUGUCUCUUAUGGAGGCACAAUCCCAGAUUUCUGCUCAACCAGGAAUGCAGGCCUGCUCCUGGCCUUUCCACACUACAAAGUCUUGAAAUGGACCUCGCCAGUCUGAUGGAAGUUCUUCCACUCUCAACUCUGCCUAUCUUUGAUCUUUACCAAUCAACUCCUCUCACUCCACAACACGACAUGCCUGUAUGACCAGAGUGUGUUCUCUCAGAGCUGCUCGGAAAGAGAAUGUCUUUAGGUUGUUCUGCUUUUUUGAGGGCUUUACUCCUGGAGUGCAUGCAGUCACAGGAGAAAAGGUCAGAUGUUGUACAUCAGUGGUGAGAGAUUGGGACUGAUUCCUAUAUCCUGUUUGAUUGUAAAGAUUUGCGACAUUCUGAUCAGCUGUUGGCCCAACUUUUCACAGCCGUGACACUGAGAUACAACUCGCUCGAUUGGCUUAAAUAUCCGUUUAAAAUCCCGCUACUUUUUUCUCUCAAUAAAUAUGUAUAACUCA